GUGGAUGUGUUAAACAUGGAAGUCUGAAGAAAGCAAUGACACUGAUCUGGACAGAAGCUUUCCCUGUCCCCAAACACAUCUCCUGCUCUGGUGACAUGUCAAGGUGAUACUUACCAGUAACACUUAAACUCCGUUUGGGAGGGGGGUUGGGGGUGUGUCUCGCCUUCUACCCCCUUCAUUCCUAUCGUACAGCAAGAGUGACAUCAUGCAGAGGUUCCCACAAAGUGGUCACAACUGAGCUGAGAUGGUUUUGUACACGGCCCCCUUUCCCAGCAGCUUCCUGUCAUUCCUCCACUCCCUAUCUUGGGCACUGAUUUUUCCCUGUUUCUGGCUGGGAGAUCGGCUCCUUGCUUCAUUUUUACCUACCACCUACGAGAAACGCCAGCGAUCUGAUGAUCCUUGUUACUUCCAGGCCCUUUGUAUUGUCAUAACUACUCCAAUAUACUUGGCGCUACUCAUUUCCUCUCUACCCUUUGCCUUUAUUGGCUUCCUGGUUUGGUCACCUCUCCAGGCUGCCCGCAGACCAUAUAUCUAUUCCAGACUACAGGACAAAGCUCGUGCUAGUGGAGCCAAACUGUUAACAGAAUGGAGAGCAACAGGAAGCGGAAAAAGUUUCUGCUUCGGAUCUGCCAAUGUUUGCCUCUUGCCUGACUCAUUAGCAAGAUUUACCAAUCUUUUCAACACACAGGCUAGGGCAAAAGAGAUUGGGAGGAGGAUACGCAAUGGAGCUAGUAGACCACAAAUCAAGAUAUACAUAGACUCUCCCACCAACACCUCUAUCAGUGCUGCCAGUUUCAGUAGCCUGGUAUCUCCGCAAGGAAGUGAGGUGACCCACCGUGCAGUAAACAUGGGUAUGAAGAGAACCACAUCUAUGGAAUACAAAGGUGAUAACUCUGGAGAGAACACCAGUGAAGAAGGUCGGGAUGGAAAGAAUGGAGGGGACAUGGGUGAAGGGGAAGACAGUCCAUGUAUCAUUCGCAUUAGUGGGGAGGAUAGUGGCCACAUCUCCGACACAGAAAAUGAUGGUAUGAGUGGGCAUGUCAAUGUGGCAUGCUUGGCUGAAACAGAACCAGACCUUCAAAAAAGCCCAACCUCUAAUCAUAAACACAAGGAAGGGGAUGGUGGGAGUUUAGACAGUUGUACAACCUCAAGGGAAUCCCUUGUCAAGGUCCGAAUGGCAGAUGGAGCUACUGACCAAAGUGCUAUCAACAACAAGCUUCUGUACAAGGCAUCCAUUAUUAAGAAGGCUACAGCUCGCAAGAAGAAGCAUACAGAUGACAUCCUGGACCAUGAGAUUUCUGCCUUUUUCCCAGCCAACUUGGACUUCCUAUGUCUUCAAGAAGUGUUUGACAAACGGGCCGCAGAGAAGUUGAAAGAACAAUUGCACUACUAUUUUGAGUAUGUGUUGUAUGAUGUGGGGGUCUACAGUUGCAACGGGUGCUGCAGCUUUAAGUUCCUGAACAGUGGGCUCAUGUUUGCUAGCCGCUACCCUAUCCUGGAUGCUACCUAUCACUGUUAUCCCAACGGGAGAGGAAUAGACGCGCUGGCCGCCAAGGGAGCUCUGUUCAUCAAGGUGCAAGUGGGAACUACUACUCAGGACCAAAGAAUUGUGGGAUACGUCUCCUGCACCCACCUUCAUGCCCUAGCAGGGGAUGCGGUGAUUCGGUGUGAGCAGUUAGACUUGCUCCAGGAGUGGGUGUCCGAAUUCCGCAAAUCUACCUCCUCCUCCAGUGCCGCGAAUCCGGAGGAGCUGGUGGCCUUCGACGUCAUUUGUGGAGACCUCAACUUUGACAACUGCUCCUCAGAGGACAAGCUAGAGCAGCAGCACUCCCUGUUUACACGAUAUAAGGACCCAUGCCGACUGAGCCCUGGAGAAGAGAAGCCGUGGGCAAUAGGUACACUGCUGGACCCCGAGGGUCUUUAUGAUGAGGAGGUGUGCACCCCUGAUAAUCUACAGAAGGUUCUUGAGAACGAGGAUGGCAGGAAGGAAUAUUUAGUGUAUCCUACCAGCAAAAACCAAUGUCCCAACCAAAAGGGAAGAAAAGUUCCAUUGAAGGGCAGCGGGCGCAGGAUUGAUUAUAUGCUAUAUACGGAAGAGGGGCUCAACUUGGAAUGGAAAACGGAGAUUGAAGAAUACAGUUUUAUCACACAGCUAGCCGGAUUAACAGACCACGUUCCAGUAGCAAUGCGACUGACAGUUUCUACAGGAGAAGAUGAGUCCUAAGCAGGACUGUGGACUCUACCAGUAUUAAUGAUGACAGUAUACAUGGCCCAGGGGGGUUACUCCUCUCCCUAGAGGCUGGAACGGGGGGACUUCUCCAGCGUCCUAACGGAGCAGAGUUUGCCUCCACCAUUUGGACUACGAGACGGGGACAGUCAGGCGAUAUGAGUUCCUGGUGCCAACGUAAGCCAGAGCAGCUCCCGAGGCCAGCCAUCCUCUCCACGAAAGAGAGGACCUAGAAGACAAACAGUGCCAUUCUUACCGAGAUGUUUUUAUACCACUAUAUAGCACAAUUUAGUUUGUAAUCGUGAGAUGCUGUUCAAUGUUUUUUUUUCUUUUCUCUUUUGCAUAAUCUUUGUAUAUCUCAAGAAAAAAAAAGGGACCAGUAAACCUUUUUUUUUUUUUUUUUUUAAAUAUUUUAUUUUGAAUUCUUAGGUUCUUGCUAUAGUUUUGAAUUGCUCCACAGUAGCAUGCGCUAUACUUGCAUGAGGCUAAACGUUUAACAAUAAAAACAAACAAAAAAGGUAAAAGUAAAAACAGAAUAAAAAAAAAAAAAAGUAAUUAUCACCCAGACUCUCAAGAGUGGGAAGAAAAUCCACCCAAGGAAGUAACAAGUUAUCGAAGGAACCCAAGGUUUCUAUUAUUGAAUAAUUUAUAUAUAUAUAUAUAUUAUAUAUAUCAGCUUUGUAGAAUUUACUUUAAUGUUUUUAUUUCUAAAUGGUUAUAGAAAUUACACAAUAAAAUAUCACCCUGCUUUUCUCA